ACACAACGAAGCAUGAAGGAGAUGCCGGUGCAAACGGUGAGCAAAUGCGACCUGUGCAAUCGACAAUUGCAAAUUUUUUCGACGGCCGCGGACAUGCAAGCGAUAACGCAAUCAGCACCGUGCUCACCCUGUCCAGCCCUUGUACAGCUCAUUCGAGGAGUACCGUGUUGUCCAGGUUGCAGGUGCGUCGCGGGUAUAGUGCAAGUACCGCAGCAAAGCGAGCAGCAACAAACGCAGCGACAGGAUCAAGAGAAAAAACUGACCAAGGAUCAAAUGCAAUGGGUGCAACCGGACCAAAAAUCCUACGGAAUGUUGACGAGUGGACAACACGAGGACCCGAAAAUAGCGGGAAUGGCGGGAACCAUCACUAAACUUACGCUUGCAUCCUACUCCGUCGCGCCGAGCAAGAAAACCAACACGUCGAGUCAAACAGCUACCGACGAAGUCAACAUCACCACCCCCGACUCUACCGGAGGGAAGAAAGUGAGGCUGAGUACGCUUCAAAAGGAAAAACCGCGAGGAAAGAGGCCCGCCAAAAACCCCAACGAAAUGCUGAUACCGGAAAAAGAAAAAGCAGAAACGACGAACGACGUUGAAAAAGGGUCGACUAAACUUCCGUCGAAGAAACCGACGAACCCUUCUGCGCAAAAAUCAGUUAACCCCUCGACAAAGAAAGCAGCAGACUCUCAAAACAUCGUGGAAUCUACCGUAACAGAUUCAGCGCCUGUUCACGAAAACCCUGAAAUUCCUUCUCCGGUGCAGCAAAUUGCUCAAGUAAUAAAUCGCCUGGAAGCGAUCGAAAGCAGUAAAACGGAUAACAAACUGCUGGAAACGAAUGAUAUAUCAACACCCACGGUUGAUGAAACGGAUAAAAAUGGAGUGGAUGAGAAGUCUGAGGCUCUUCCUAAAAUAAACGCGAAGAAUGUGAGAAUGGAAAGUGACGUUGACGAUGCAACUGUCAACGAAAUCACUUUUAAGAGUAUUAAGAGUGACAAAGCCGACGAAUCGAUAAGAAAGCAAGAUGAUAGCACGAGGGUGGAACGAGGAACUCUGCCCGUGGCUAAACCUGACACAAGAACGCAAACAACUGACAUAGACGUUUCCUUGAUCAAACCUAAAAGAACUCGCCUCCUACGAAAGAAAAACAAAGUUGAGCCUGCCGAAUUAACACACGCUGAGACGGACAUUCAAACUUCGUAUUCUGACGAUUUAGAUGUUUUAUCUAUCGGUAAACAAGAAUCUGAGAGAUUGUUUGUAGGAGAAAAGCAAGCCUUAGGAAUCGAAAAAGACACAAAUAUUUGUCGAGCUUGCAGAAGACUACAGACUUACCCAACGUCGAACUCCUUCCGAUACUACAGUGUCUACAGAGACAAACGAGGAAGGGUGUACUGUGAACUUUGUGCCACCGCGAACACAAUUAAAGUAUUGUAUAAAGACGACGGGAGCGAGCAGAAGCGUUUGAGAUGCGUAGUGUGCAAGAACGUUGUACGCGCAAAAAGCAGCCAGGAAGAAACAACCGGUUUUCGGAGCAAGACUGACAACUGUCCCAAAUGUGGUCAAGUACAAACACGCGUGCAUUCAACCCUAGUAAAUCCAUCCAAAGUAUAGUUAUAGACCGAGCAUGGAACCGAUAUAAGGAAAAUUAGUAUUAACAAAAUAUGCACAGGUAGCAUUAGCGUGUACGUAUUAAGUUACUUUAAAAUUAUGUACAUUUUGAAAAGUAAUUCUAUUCUGCUAAGAAAAUGAUUUAACACUAAACCUACCGGCACUUUAUGUAUACCCAUUCCUACCAUGACCGGUCAAAUGAGUAUUUUUGCAUUAUAUGUAUAGAAAGUUGUGUUCAAUUAAAUAAACAAUUUAUGAUCGAGUGUUAUCAUACACUAGUCGUGUGAUCAGUAGGAAUUGCUGAAACUUCUUUGGGUAUGUAGCGUCAAAGUAAAUGUGAGAAUAAAUAUAGAAGAUAGCAAAAAUUAUGGUAGAUGAUAUGAUCAUUAAAUAGAGGAUGAAAUUACCUUUGAAAUGAGCGUUUGUGCGAGUCGAUAGCUUUAUUAGUUCCGG